GUUUCCGUAGUUCUACAGAUGGCGGUGGAGGAGAUGCGGAUGCUGUAGUUUCUUGCGAUUCGUCCUUGCUUCAGAUAUCACGACAGCGAAAUUGUUGCUUAGUCACGGUGGGAAUCGGACAGACGAUACCGCAGAGCGGCAUUAAUUUCUCAUUCUUUUAUAUUCGGAAAGGAUUGAUAUCUCCUUUGUUUUGUGUCCUGUUGUAUGUGCUCCAUCAUGGCUGUGGUCAUCCGAUUACAGGGACUCAGAAUCACGGCUGGUUCUGAGGACAUUCGCAAUUUCUUCACUGGGCUCAGAAUCCCUGAUGGUGGGGUUCAUAUAAUUGGUGGGGAGCUUGAGGAAGCUUUUAUAAUAUUUGCAUCUGAUGAAGAUGCAAGACGAGCGAUGACACGCUCGGGAGGCUGCAUUAAGGGCUCUCCUGUCAGCUUGCUCCUGAGUAGCAAGUCAGAAAUGCAGAGUGUUCUUGAGGAAAGCACUAGAAAGCCCGAGUUAAAAAACAGGGGCAUGUACAAGGAGGUUGUCAAAAGUCCUUCUGCGGAACGAGGUCCUCUGCCAUUCAGUAAGGAACAGAGAGCAGAUAUACGAAGGCCGGAUCAUCAAGAGAUGAGGAACAGGCCACCUCUAUCUUCGUUCAGUGAGACACGACACCAGAGAGAAGGGAGCGUGUCAGAGAGAGAUGAACUUUACCUGAAAUUGACAGGGAUGCCGUUCUCUGCGACAAAGGACAACGUCUAUACCUUUUUCAGUGGGUUACAGAUUGAAGACAUUAUGUUUUUGAAAAACCCCAGAGGAUUGUUCAACGGCCAGAGUAUUGUGCGCUUUGCUACCAAAGUGGAUGCAGUCGAAGGUCUAAAGAAGGAUCGACAAUACAUGGGACCGCGGUAUAUCCAACUAACAAGAUGCUCCGAGGAGCAGUGGCUGGCAGAAGGAGGUCUUGUUAGACCGGACAGUCGGAAAAGAGCGUCCUUAGAUCGAGCGAGAUCUCGAUCUCCCAUUUCCUACAAGUCAAGAUCACGAUCGCCUUCUCAUGAAGAAUACUGCGUCAUGUUUGAGAACUUGCCUUACAUGGUUGAAAAGAGAGAUUUGAGGGUGUUACUUCAUCCGGUUUCUCUGAAAGAUGAUCAGAUUAUUAUCUUUGCCCAAAAAAAGGAUGAUAGGACCAAAUCGGCUGUUGUGGUGUUUAGAAAUCUCACAGACUAUUGUGCUGGCUUGGCUCAUAAUAAGCAAAUGUUGAUGAACAAGGUAGUGUACGUGUCGCCCAUCUCCAAGGAGAAAAUGGUCACCAUGUUGGAAUCGUCUGUUGACGUGCGAGAUGAGGGAAAAGGGUUGAGACGCUCCGCAGAAGCGGCCCAGUCUCAACGAAACAAUCCUGACUCGCAGUUGAGGUGUCUCUAUGUGCGCAAUCUCCCAUUUGAUGUUCGUAAGGUGGAGAUCAUGGACUUCUUUCAUGGAUUUCCGCUGUCAGAGGAUAGGGUUGUCUUAUUGCGGGACGAAAGAGGAGCUGGGCUCGGUGAGGCUUUGGUGAUCUUCCCAUCUGAGAAGGAGGCCAUGACGGCACAGUCCCUAAACGGACAGAGGUUUCUUGGAUCCGAAGUCAUGCUUAAGUGCAUAACGAUGGGCCAGAUGCAGAAGUUUGGCGUGAAUGACCAGUUGAUGGAUAGCCCGCACAAAAAGAACUUUCAGAGAACCGAAAUUUACAAAGAUGGUCCUUGUUUUUCAAACACCCAGAUGCCUCAAGAUGAUUGUGAGAUGCAGCCUAAUUUGCGCCCGGGUUAUGGAGGUCGUGAUCGCUUUGAGCCUAAUUUUGGCCACAAUGAUGCAUUUGGGCCGGGACCGGAUGGUAAUGGACGUCAGUGUUACGGAUCACCUGACCAACAACUUGACGGUCCGACUUGUCUUAAAUUGGUCAAUCUACCCUCUCAGAUAAAGAUCGAUGAGAUUUAUGACUUCUUCUAUGGAUACAGAGUGAUUCCAGGUUCUGCCUCAUUGCUGUAUGAUAGAAAUGGAGCUCCCAGACGUUCAGCAACGGUAGCAUUCGAAACCCACAGAGAGGCGCUCACUGCUCUUCAAGAAUUAAAUGGACGACCAAUUGGCACCAGGAAAAUUCAGAUUUUGCUUGUGUAGAUAUGCUUUUGGACUACAGUGUUGAUGAAACUGGUGUUUUUUUUGCUUGCUUUUCAUAAACCUGCAGAUUAAAUACUGCUUUAAUUUAGAUUCAUACUUUAUAUCUUGAUUAUUCGAAAAUGAUGCAUUUGUAUGCACGUUAGUGACAGUAUCUAGACUCAGUAUUACUUGUGCUGUUAAAUGUUUUUCCCCUCAGAGUAAUGACUACAAUUUGAGAUUUUACUAAACAUAUUUGUCAACAAUAUAUUUUGUUUUCAGAUAAAAUCAGAUUUAAAAUAAUCUUCUUAACAUUGUGGAAUUGUACAUUUCUUCCUGCAUCCAGAUAAAUGUCAAUUCAUGUUUAAUGCUAUUAAAUGCAUCUGCUAC